UCUCAAUCCGGAUGCUGACUGUUCUAUUCAUGUAUCGUUUCAGGGACAAAAAAAAAUACCGGUUUAAUUAUCUUCACGGUGAAUAUUCGUUUUUCACACGUCAGUGUCGCGGUGAGCUGCAGUGUGGAGUCGUGCGGGCGGAUGGCUGCGGAUGAUGAACGAUGAUCCCCGUGUGGCCGCUGGUGUUUGUGGUGGCCGCCUGGUGUGCUGUUUAUCUCACCGACACGCUGCUGAGGUCAUCGCUGACUCACCGCAUCAGCUACGAGUCAUGGUUGGCGAGUCGGGGGCUGAUGUUGGCGCCGUUCCACGUGCGAUGGCAGACCACCAUGUUCAACCGGCUGUUUGCGUACUGCGCUCGCAUCAAGCCUGGCGCCCUCUACCUGUGGUUUAACAGUGGUCUGGUGUUUGGUGUCGUUGCCAUGCUGGCGUCCGUGGUGCUGCUGAUGAAGACUCUGCAGCAGACGCUCGCUCAGAUGACCACAGACAACCCUCGGAUAGGAGGUCAGCAGGCGCUGCAGGUGGUGGUUCCUGGUGUGAACCUGCCAGUGAGCCAGCUGGGUUAUUUCUUCAUCGCUCUGCUGCUCAGUGGCGUCAUACACGAGCUUGGCCACGCGGUGGCAGCACUGAGGGAACAAGUGCGUGUGAAUGGCUUCGGGAUGUUUGUGUUUGUGGUAUAUCCUGGAGCGUUUGUGGACCUCUUCACCACACACCUCAACCUCAUAUCACCCACUCAACAGCUGCGUAUCUUCUGUGCCGGAGUGUGGCACAACUUCAUCCUGUGUCUGGCAGCAUUAGCCAUCCUGUUCCUGCUGCCCGUCUUUCUCUUUCCGUUCUACUCCACUGGCGCCGGCGCGCUGGUCACAGAAGUUGUGCAGGGUUCUGCGGCCGAUGGUCCUAGGGGUCUGUCAGACGGGGACAUUGUGACAGGACUGGAGGAUUGUCCAGUCUCAGGAGUGGAGGAGUGGACCAGCUGUCUGUCUCAGCUCUCUCACACGCCGCAGACUGGUUACUGUGUCCUGGUGGCAAGUCUGCAGCCCAGCUGGGCCCACGGCCGAGCUUUCAAACGUUUGGACGGGACAAUGGACUGCUGCAGCAACAACAGCCUGACAGACUUGUGUUUCUCCUACCUCAAACCACUGUCCGUCAGCCGAGAGAGAGAGUAUGCCUGCAUGCCGGUGCGCAAGAUGGUGACGGGGACGCGAACGUGUCGAACGGACGGUGACUGUGCCAUGCACUACCACGCCUCCAGCAUUUGUGUCACACCUUCUCUGGAGAACCAGACUCGCUUUAUCCGCGUGACACAUCCUCCCAACACCCACAUGCUGUUUGUGGGAUACCCGCCGCACCUUCAGUACGCUGUCAGCCUGACAAACUUUGUUCCUCGGUUCGGUUUCCUCCAUCAGGAUCUGCCCGUCUUCUUGGAGACCUUCUGCAAAUAUGUGGUGUCUCUCUCUGGGGCGUUAGCCGUGGUCAACUCUGUGCCGUGCUUUGCUCUCGACGGCCAGUGGAUGCUCAACGCCCUGCUUGAUGCAACACUGGUUACCGUCGUAACAGACCGGCAAAAGCGAGAGCUGAUUGGAUUCUUCUUGCUGCUGGCGGGCAGCGCUCUGCUGGCAGCCAACGUGGCGUUGGGUCUGUGGAUGGUCACGGCACGGUAACCACAGCCAUUACCUGCCCGUAAGGUAAAAAUCCACCAGCGGACGCCCGUGUGGACUGGCUUGUGUCAGAAUGCGUUUGACGUGAGCGAACCGUUAAGCUGUGAUCAUACUGGGAAUCGACUGUGUUAUCCAGCAGGAGAAAAAAAUAAAAAACAUUCUGCCUUUAAGGCGUAUAUGGAUUUCCAGGGGAAACGAUACAAUAAACACUUGAUUUCUUCCAACUUUUACUGCCAUAAACAAAAAAGCACAUGGAAAUAAAUAAUGCACUUGGUGUUAAACACAGUUUCCUUUAUAACGGAUGCACAUUCAAAAAAGUGGCGUUGUGUCUUGUACAUUUGAGGAAGAAUGUUUCGCUUUCUUAGUGGUUGGAUUCAAAAAUAUUUGAACUGUUGAUACGGAGGCGUGUUUGUCUCAUUCUGUGUUUUCCGGAGAGUUUCCAAAGCGUAUUACGACACAUUAUUAAGGAAUUCAUCACAAUGCUUUGCUCUUCCGAAACGUUCUAAACUGUUGAAAUAUGGCAGUACUUUAAAAUCCAUCAUCACUUAAAGACUGUGGUCUGUUUCAGUUAUGUGAUUGGAUCCCAUUUUGGAAUUAAACACAUUUGUAAAGUUGAAGUUUUUCUCGGGUGUUGUAGUGUGAUAAUUACUUUGUUUUUGAACGCCGCGGUUUGUUUGACUGUGUAAAUUAACGUUUCUACAUUCCUGGCCUCUCACUGUUGUGCUCUGUAAAAAGAUGACCUGUAAACUUGUGGAAUAAAAGGACUACUUUUAUGUGGAAUG